CAAGCGAAUCGUGAGCGCAACCAUCGACGACUUGCCCACGCCUUUCAUCAACAGGAACUGACGUGUCUAUCACACCGACAAACUUGGACUGCCUGGACCCUGCGCUCAACCAAGGCGCAACCCCACAAGAAAGCACGACUCUUGCUCUCGGAUUGCAGCAAACACUCGACACUCACAACACAUGUUUACGACAUAGACUCUCUCGCCAUCCUUUGUAGCCAUGGCGCCUGGUCAAGCAAAGAGAAAGCGUCCGCAGGAUGACAACCAGUCGCGCGCCUCACCACACCGUCCAGAGAACCUCAAUCUCGCCCAGCAGAACCAGCGCAACAACCGUGGAGGAGGUGGAGGUGGCCGCAAUAACAACGCAAACCGCUCGAACAACUCGACUCCAACACACAACCGUCAUGGCAACUUCUCACAACCCUCGUCGGCCAGAGGCUCGCCUGCCCAACCCCCGCACACUCCGCAACAGAAUGCGCAACCGCUGCAGCACCAGCAACCCGUCGAGCCAACACGCCCUGCCCUGACUUCGACUCCUUCUGCCACGCCGGCUCCUCCUCUUGUACUCCCGCAAUAUCCGCCGACGCCUAAGGAACCGCCGGCACCCUACGCUUACGACUACUUGACCGACGACGCUGUGAGCGCAUGGCAGGCAAGGGGAAAGCAAUCAGUGCUGGACGCUCUGGACCAGGCAGAAGACAAGGACAUGGUGUCGAGCCUCGUCAUACAAGAGCUGCUGAGGACAACACUGGACGGCCGUCUUUCUGCUGGAGAAUGCGCCGAAGUGCUGAAACAUGUCGCUCCGACCGACGAGCUGCAGUCCGUCUUUGCCGACACGCUGGCCUUGCUGGACGACGGCGACUGGAAGAAUCCCGUUCUCAAGACGCUCAUCUACCACGCCGGCCUCUCGUCCCAUCUCCUCCGCAACGAACUCGACAUUGAGCCGCUCUCUGCACUCAAUCUUGUGCGCAACACCUUCUCCACCAUUCGCAACCGCAAGACGACCAACCUCAUCUACCGCCAGGCCAACUUCAACCUGCUACGUGAAGAGUCGGAGGGUUACUCGAAACUUAUCACCGAAUACUUCAAUGCCGCCAAUGCUGGUUCAACAUCCGAUCUCAUCGCCGAAGACACGUUCCAACGCAUCAAGGCUCUCGUCGGUUCUUUCGAUCUCGAUGUCGGUCGUGUCUUGGAUAUCACUCUGGACGUCAUGGCCAAUCUCUUGAUCAAGAAUUUCCGCUUCUUUAUAAAAUACUUACGCGCGAGUUCGUGGUGGCCGGAACAGCACAUCCCGGAAGGCUUCCACACUCAGGGCCAAGGCUUCUCUUCUCUACCGGCCUGGGCUCUUCCCCAUUCUGCAUCAUGGGGUCCUUCUGCCGAUCAGCGUGCCCAACUCGCCGCUCUCAAGGAAGCUCGUGAUGUCGACUUCUGGCAAAAGGUUCGCACCGUGGGUAUGGAUGCCUUUUUCGACAUUGGCGCUCUCCGCAUUACCAACAAAGACUCGGCUGCUGUAUCUGACCUCCUCAACACCGAAUUGGAGCCAGAACUCGAUGCUCGAGGCAAGGAGAUGAACAAGAUUCGUCGUCUGCGUACGAACAAUGCCAGGAAAUGGAUGCGUCAAACUGGCUGUGUCGUCCCUCCUGGUAACCCGGAUGCUGCUCAACUUCUCGGUUUUAAACUCGCCUUUUACUCUUCAGCAGCCCGCGACAAGCACGACGUUCUCCCCGAUAAUCUCAUCUACCUCGCCGCUUUCCUCAUCAAGAUUGGCUUCAUCUCACUGAGAGACCUCUACCCCCAUCUGUACCCUCCGGAUGAGAAGAUGGGCGAGACAAAGGAGAGAUUGGAGAAGGAGAAACUCGAAAGAGAAAAGGCUGCGAAGCCUGGCGGUGGCGCUCUCAAUGCUCUGGCCAUGGCUGGCGCUCUUGCUGACGACACUGCCCCUGCUCCUGCUGGUGGUCGUGCUCUUCGAGACAUUGCAUCUGGCCGUGCGACUCCGAAAGUUGAAGCCGAUGCUGCUGCUACAGAAGAUGGCGACAAGGAAGCCUUGCCGGAGCCUGCGAACCAAAAGGUCGCCUUGGUCAAAAGUCUUCUCGCCAUUGGUUGUCUGCCUGAAGCAUUGUACAUCCUUGGCCGGUUCCCUUGGUUGACGGAACUUGUUCACGAGCUGCCUGAAUACAUUCAUCGCAUCCUACAUCACAUGCUCACAAAGGUGUACGAACCGGCAAGACCGCUCGCCAACAGACCUGGCAUGAAUGACGCUAGACCUCAUCUCGGUGAAUCUGCUCCUCAGUCUUCUGGUCAGCCAAAGGGUCAGCUCAACUUGACACCUGCACCACCGACAAAGACUCUGAGAUGGGCAAAUCUCGACCGCCCUGAUCAUGGUGAUGCAGUUGAAUACAAGUUCUACUGGGAUGACUGGGUCGAUAAUGUUCCCGUUUGCCAGACAGUCGACGACGUUUUCCAACUUUGCAGCACUUUCCUGAAUUUGACUGGUGUCAAGAUUGGAAGAGACUCUGCUCUCCUGAUGAAACUUACUCGCAUUGGCAAGAAGAGCUUGACAGACGAUCCUUCAGAGACCAACUACGCUCGCUGGAUCGAUCUUUGCAAGCGCCUGCUUGUUCCUGCUCUCAGCUUGACCAAGCACAACACCGGCGACGUCAACGAGAUGUUCGAGCUCCUCAAAUUCUUCCCCACCAGCACCCGCUACGCGAUUUACGCCGAGUGGCACUACGGCACCACUUCUCGUAAUCCUGACAUUAAGUCUGCCUUUGACCUCACUAAGGCCGAGACCAAAGACGUCCUCAAGCGUAUCAGUAAGACCAAUGUCAGAGCUAUGGGCAAGGCGCUUUCAAAAGUUGCCUUUUCUUCUCCUGGUAUCGUCAUGCAAGUCGCAAUCCACCAGAUGGAAUCCUACGACAAUCUUAUUGACGUUGUCGUGGAAUGUGUUCGCUACUUUAGCAUGCUCGGAUAUGAUGUCUUGACCUGGUGUCUGAUGAAUGCUCUUGGAGGCGGCGGCAGAAACCGUGUACAAGCCGAUGGUAUGCUUACCAGUCCUUGGCUACGUGCGCUUUCCACAUUUGCCGGGUCAAUCUUCAAACGCUACUCUGCCAUGGAUCCUUCUCCUAUUCUCCAGUAUGUCACUAACGAGCUUCGUGCUGGCAACUCGACCGACCUUGAGGUUCUCGAACAGAUCAUCACCGAGAUGGUUGGUAUCAAGUCUGAUAUGACCUUCAAUGAGUCUCAAGUUCUUGCUAUGGCUGGUGGCCCUGUCCUAAAGGCUCAAACACUUAUCUCCCUUCUUGAUGAAAGACACAAGAUGGAGAAGCCCUCCCGUCGUCUGAUCAAGGCACUCACGGAGCCUGGACUUGCUGGACAGCUUCUGAUCUCAGUCGCUCAAGAGAGUCAGAUGUAUGCUCACCACGAAUCUACCCAAGAUGCACCACUCAAAGUGCUCGGAAACAACAUGGACAAGCUUUAUCAGGUCUUCAACCAAUAUCUUGAGACUCUCAGGUGCACACUAUCGCCAGAGGAGUUCGAUGCUGUCGUUCCGGACACGGUCAGCCUCAUGGGUGACUUCGGUCUCGAGCCCUCAAUCGCUUUCAUGAUUGGUCGCGCAAGUAUCGCUCAUGCUAUUGCUGAGAGCGAUGCAGCCAAGAAAGCAGAACAGCAAGCAAGAAGAUCAAGCCAUUCAGCUGCUGCGAACGGUGAUGUCACCAUGGCCGAUGUCGAUGAGAAGGAUGUCAAGAGUGAGGAAGUCACAUCACCACCCACCGAUGAGAAGCCCAUGUUGUCCCUCACAGAGUCCGAUGCAGAGAUGAAGAGUGUCGCGCAUGCCAAUGGUGUCGAUACCGCGACUCCCACGCCAUCUCCUGAAUCUCACUGGCACCCCGUCUUGACACCCUUGAUCGAGAAGACGCGUGACCUUCUCGGCGACAAACUCGAACAGAGUAUCAGCAUUCCUUUCUACGUAACUUUCUGGACCCUCGGACUUGAAGACAUCCUAGUCAACACCAAUAGUUAUGACCAGGAACUCGCUACUCAAUCUCACCUCAUCACCCAGAUCAACAACGACCGUCUCGAUGUCGGUGGCAAGGGUAUGCAAGACAAGGAGAAGCGCAAGAAGGCCAUCUCUGAGUUGAGAGAAAAGCUCACCCAAGAGAUGAAGAGCCAGAUUGGCGCUUACACUCAAGUUAGAAACAGGCUCAACAAAGAAAAGGAACACUGGUUCACCGACUUCCAUAACAAGGUUGAACUUUUGCACACCAGUCUCCUCCAAAAUUGCUUCCUGCCGAGAAUGACAAACUCCCCUCUGGAUGCUCACUACACAUACAUGAUGCUGAAGUUCCUCCACAACAAUGGCGCACCUGGAUUCCGUACUAUGCAUCUGCUGGACCGUCUUUUGCGCAAGAACCAACUCGCCUCUCUUAUGUUCCAAUGCACACCUCGCGAGUCCGAGAACUUCGGUCGUUUCCUGAACGAAGUCUUGAAAGAGUUGUCAUCCUGGCAUGCCGAUAAGAAUGCAUACGAAAAGAAUGCAUUCGGAGCAAAGAGACAACUCACUGGAUUUGCAAGAAAGCUGAACCCUGACAACACACCGCAGACCUUCCUGAACUACGAAGAAUAUCGUGUCUUGCUUUACAAGUGGCACUCAAACCUUACCACUGCCUUCCAGAUGUGCUUGGACUCUGGCGAGUACAUGCAUAUCCGCAAUGCCAUUAUCGUCUUCAAGGCUGUUGCUCAACAAUACCCUGUCGCCGAGCCGAUGGGUCACAUCAUCUUGGAUGCAGUCACUGCUCUGAGCAAGGACAACGGCAGAGCCGAUCUCAAGCUUGCUGCAGCAAGUACCUUGGGUGACAUCCGCAAGAGACAGUCUUCUUGGAUUUCCAAGGAGAAAUUUACAGGAAAACCCGACCCGAACGCAAGACCCAUUCCUUCCCGAGCCGAGACUCCGGCUUCUCGCACUUCAACACCACUCAAUCCUACCGCGCAUCCUUUCAAGGCACCUCCAGCUCAAAAUCAGCAAGCCGAGUCCGAAGAUGGAGAGAUCGAUGACGAUAAGAUCGCUUCGAACAAGGCAGCCGCAGCUGAGAAGAAGCACGAGACAUUACCUGAGAGAAAGGCCGACCUCAAGCCGCUGCCGAGAGCGAAUGAAGGCCAGUCAAGAGCACCUACGCCCUCACAGCGUAAUGGUUCAAGACCUUCAUCUACUGCACCCACCAGAACACCACACUCUCUCCCUAGCAAGCCAGAGUUGCCACCUAACAGACCUGCACCAGGACGAGGCCCUCCCGGACACCUACCGCCAUCCAGACAUGAAUCUCGUGAACGUGGUCAUCCUUCAGAGUACGGACGGCUCGACAGACCCAGCGAGGCCAUGCGCGCGACACCGACGGGUGUGCCAAGAGACGCCUCUCCUCCUCUUGCAGCACGUGGCGGCAGAGGUCGCCAAAGAUCACCAGAAUACCCUCCGCGUGACGACAGACGUGACCAUUACGGUCGAGGAACGCCUCUUGCAGCACCAGAACCGCGUAUUCCCGAACGUGGCCCUGAGCGUGGUCCUGAGCGUGGUCCUUAUGGCCCGGACCGACCUCACCCUGGAAGAACCUUACUCCAAGAAAGCAGAGGAUAUCCUGGUGGUCCUAGUCCGAUGGCUCCUCCUCUCGAUCGCCCAGGAUACGACAGGCCCGAACGUCUUGACCGCCCUGAUCGCCUCGAUCGCGCCGAGCGUGUCGAACGCGCAGAAAGACACGACCGCGAACCUCCAGUGGGUAGAGCACCUCCACACUCUUCUCAACCUCCACAACCUGCAGUCAGCGUCAAUCCUGAGCGUCUUGCAUUGAUUGCAGGAGAUGCUCCACUGGUUGAUCGCAGAUCCAGGGAUUCAUCUCGUGAUGAUCGAAGAGCGAGAGACUCAAGACCACAGUCGCCGAAGCGACCUGUUGAUCUUCCACAACCAGUGGCGUCUGCAAGAAUGGAAGAACCACCCCGUAGAGUGCCUCUUGAUCCUAAUCCUUUCACAUCUCGUGAUGUACCUCGCGGCCCGCCCGAAAAGGUCGAGAAACGCGAGGAAGCUCCACCAACUGGACCCGCUGCGAACCGUAGUGGUAGAGCUGGUCGCAUUGAUAUCCCUGCCAAGCCUUCCGCCCGCGAAUUGUUUGAACCAGCAGGUCCUAGAAGGGCUGUUGAUGCCAGCAUGCAAGAUCCCAACUAUGGUCGCUUGAGCGCAGCACCUGAACCUCCCUCAGGACCACCUCUUGGUCCAAGAGGGUUCGCCGGUAACAAUCCUAGGAACAACUUCAACACCUCACAAGCUGCUCCGAAUGUCCGUCCUGGUGAUGCCCGGGAUGUCCAGCAUGCCCCUCAGGAACCCAAUAAUGGUCGCGGUAGACGCCCUCCACAUGAUCGUCAAUCUUCGCAAUCGCAAUACCAGCCUCAAACAAUACCCCCUCCUCCCCCACCACCACCAGGUCCACCUCCAGCUUCUGCUGUACCCGAAACGGUCGGCGUUCACCCCACUCGUCUCGCACACUUAAACAUUGAACAGCAGCAAGUCUCCACACCAACUGGACCUCGCAUGGGCAACGCAUCAGGCCCUUCCACACCUUCAGGUCCUUCAGCCACCUCCCGCGCACCAGCCGGUCCAGCGAGUGACCGUCGAGGAGGCGGCGGCGGCGGCGGCAACGGAGGUGCCCAAGAUCGCCGUUUUGCAGGCCUCAAUGAUACUUUGCAGUCAUCCAAUGCAAAUGUAAACGGUGCAUCCAUAAGAGGACGUGCCGGUGGUCGUCAAAACAGCGCCGCCAUGAUGCCCGCACCCGCCCUGCCUUCUCCGGCUCCUGCACAAUUGCCCGCUAUGCCAUCUCCUUCCAUGAGGGGUGAUGCUUUCGCCGCUUCCUCUCGUCCUGAAGGCGGUUCAUCCCGCAGAGGCCAUGAAGAUCGCGAGCAAAGGGAUCGCCGUCAUCGUGGCGAUGGUGGAGACAGACAUGGCAAUUCCAACCAUUCCAACAACCCCAAUCAACCUCCUCCAUCCGACGAUUAUCGCUCUCAUCAAGGCAACAAUCGCAGUUCCAGAUCUUCUAGAGGUGGCGAGAGAGAUGGUGGAUACGGUGCAAGAAACACUCCUGCUACACCCACAUUAUCUUCUGCUGCCCAGGCACCUCAGAAUUUCGCCGGCCCUGAUGCUGCUUCUGGAUAUCCUGGCGGUAGAGGAGGUAGAUACGAAGGUGAUGAGCGUGGACAAGAGGGGUACAGACGCGAAAGUCGUGCUUCUGGAGCUGGCAACGGAGGCGAUGGCGGUGGCAGAAGAGAUGAUGGAAAUGGCAAUGGUGGUGGAAGACGAGGAGGCAACAAUGAUGGAGGAGACGGAAGUAGUAGACGUGGAGGUAACGGAGGAGGCAAUGAGGAAAGAGGAAAUCGCAGCGAGAGGAAGAGGAGAGGCGAUGAUGCGUUGGGUGGACAUGAUGGCAAGAGAAGAAGGAGUGGGAUGUAGUAGAUUCCAUUUUUCCUCUAUUUCUUUGACCAUGGCAGUUGUAGUUUGGUGAUGAGACAAAAGCCAAAAGGUUCGAGAAAGUCGCGCUUGGGCUUUGUGCGAGCGAAAAGCAAUCAAACGAAGAAAUUCAUUUCAUGUGUUCGGAUUGCAAUUACCAUCCCGGGUGCAACAGAACUGUCCUUAAGUACAAAAUAACAUG